AUGCCACGUCAUGACCUGGGCCUUGAGUUUUGGAAGCUGAUGCAGAAGUACGGCGACCUCGUGUAUUUGAACGCCUUCGGGAAGUCCAUUCUUGUCGUCGGGUCAUGCCAAAUCGCGCGGGACCUGCUCGAGAAGCGAUCCGCGAACUAUUCAGACCGCCCUGGUUCUGUCAUGGCAGAGCUAACAAAUUUCGACAAAAUGUUCGUUCUUCACCGCUACGGCGAACGCUGGCGUCUCCACCGCCGCGUCUUCCACGAGUUUUUCAACAUCAACGCAGUCUCCCAACUCCGGCCGGUCCAGCAAAUAUCGGCCCGGCGAUUAUUGGCCGCCAUCCUCAAGUCCCCCCGCGACGUCGCUGCGCGCCUGAAAUUUUCGAUCGCCUCGAAUCUGAUCCAGGUCGCGUACGGCAUAGAGAUGAUCGAGGAGGACGACAAGUACUUCGAGAUGGUCGAACGCAUCACGGAGACCGGUCAAGCGAUCUCCGUCCCUGGUCGGUUUCCCGUCGAAACGAUUUCAAGCCUGCAGUAUCUGCCCUCGUGGUUCCCCGGCGGCGGCUUCAAGGCGAUGGCGCGCGAGGCCGCGGAGCACAUUGAGAUGUCAACCGGCGCCGCGCGGGAGUCAUUCGUCUCUCGCCUGCUUGACGAUGCGAGCAAGUAUGACCUGGAGGGUGCCGGGGAGCGCGAUCUGAAGAGCUUCAUCGGCGACCUGACGAUUACCACCUACGCAGCUGGCUCUGAUACUACCAACGCUGCGAUACGCGCCUUUUUCCUUGCCAUGGCGAUGUACCCCGACGCCCAGCGCAAAGCGCAAGAGGAGCUCGACCGCGUCGUCGGACCGGAUCGUCUGCCCGACUUCUCCGACAUGAAUUCCUUGCCCUACCUCGGUGCGCUCCUCAAGGAGCUGAUGAGGUGGCACGUCAUCACGCCCAUCUCCCUGCCCCACGGAGUCGUGGCAGACGAUAUGUACAAUGGGUACUUGAUCCCCGCUGGGACCGCCGUCACCGUCAAUGUCUGGGGCCUCGCGCACGAUCCCGAGCUCUACCCCGACCCAGACGCGUUCCUCCCGGAGCGGUACCUCGAUGCGACCGGCCAGCUGGAUCUCAGCAAACCUGCGCCUUCCGACUGGGCAUUCGGUUUCGGUCGCAGGAUCUGUCCUGGGCAGCACUUCGCGGAGGCGUCGAUGUUCAUCUACGCCGCCUCGAUCCUCUACGCGUUCGACAUAUCGCCUCCCGUCGACGGCCACGGGACCCCUGUCGAGCUGGUGCACGACACAGCGACGAUCGACAUCGUAGCGCACCCUCCUUUCCACGACUACGUGGUCAAACCCCGCUCUGCACACGCGGAGCAGCUUAUUGUCGCUCACCGGGAUGAUGUCUAA